AUGCCGAAGAAGUCUGUAUCGACGCCUGCUUCUACGCCUGCGUUGAAGAAAUCAUCCUCUGCAGGUGGACAGAAGACCCUCUUGGGCUUCUUCCAGAAGACGCCUUCGACCGGCUCGCCAUCCACAUUACCUGGUCGAUCCGCAGCUGAGACGCCUGUCCCAUCCAAGGCUCGCACCAAAUCGGUCGGCACGUCGUCGAGUUCCCUGACACCUGUUCCCAGCAGUGACGCAUUGGAACCUGAAGAUGAGGACAUCAUCCCCAAGGCGAGUCUGCCUCCUUCCAAAAGUCUGCCAUCGCCAGUCUCAGCUGACGAUGAGCAGACUAAUGGCAGGGAGGAGCUGACAGCCCACGGGACACCUUCGCGAAGGGCCAAAACCAAGAAAAUCAACUAUGUCGAGUCCGAUAGCGAAGGCACCGACGGCGACGACGUAUUCAAACCCACCCCUGGACGCCGCUCUCGACCUACGAAACGCAGGCGAGUCUCCGAUAGUGCGGACGAGGACGUCUACGAGCAGGAGAACGAGGCGGAGGCAGAAGAUGGUACAUACCUCGUUCGACUAAGAUGGGUUUGUGCUAACAAUACAGAAAUGGAUGACUUCAUUGUUCCCGAUGACUCUGAAGAUGAAGUGCGCCGGCCUGCUAAGCGCAAGCGGGCGUCCAAGAACACUUCCCGAACUGCGUCGUCUCAUUUCACCCCUGCAGCGGAUGAUGUCGAGGUUGGGGCUGACCUGGAGAUUCCUGAGGGUACUUCGACUGCCCAGCAGUGGACCUACGAUCCUGAAAACCCUCAGCCUUUGCAGCCACGACCUACCAACAUACCACCUAAGCAGCGAAGUGGAAAGAAACUGAAAGCCCACAUGACCGAACCGGAACAACGCCACGCAUGGCUUGAGGAUAUCAGGGAUAUGGACCGCAACCCACCUGGCCAUCCCGAUUACGACCCACGCACCUUAUAUAUUCCACCUAUGGCGUGGAAGAAUUUCUCUCCGUUCGAGAAGCAGUACUGGGAAAUCAAGCAGAAGUUCUGGGACACGAUUGUAUUCUUCAAGAAAGGCAAAUUCUAUGAACUCUACGAAAACGACGCCACUAUUGGUCAUCAACUGUUCGAUCUAAAGUUGACCGACCGCGUCAAUAUGAGAAUGGUCGGCGUUCCAGAGUCGAGUCUCGAACUCUGGGCAAAUCAGUUCGUUGCAAAAGGUUUUAAAAUUGCUCGAGUUGACCAGCAAGAGACUGCUCUGGGUAAAGACAUGCGCGAGCGGGACGAAAAGUCCAGCGGGAUUGCCAGCAAGAAGAGCAAAGACGACAAAGUGAUCAAGAGAGAACUGGCCUGUGUGCUCACUGCAGGUACAUUGGUUGACGGCACGAUGCUGCAGGACGACAUGUCAACGUAUUGCGUGGCAAUCAAGGAAUCCGAGGUCGAUGACAUGCCUGCAUUUGGUGUGGCUUUUGUUGACACCGCCACCAGUCAAUUCAACAUAUCAGAGUUCGUCGACGAUGCAGAUCUGACCAAAUUUGAGACGUUCAUUGCUCAGACAAGGCCUCAAGAGAUCUUGCUGGAAAAGGGUGGUGUGACGACGAAGACAUUGCGUAUACUCAAGAACAACACCAGUCCGACGACUAUCUGGAACUACUUGAAACCUGGCAAAGAGUUCUGGGAAGGUCACAUCACUGCCAAGGAGAUCGAGGCAGAGAACUACUUUCCCAACGAGUGGCCUGGGGCACUGCAACAAGCGAAAGAAAAGGAUCUCCUCAUGUCUGCUCUGGGUGCUUUGAUCCAGUAUUUGAGGUCCUUGAAGAUCGAGCGGGAUCUGGUGACAAUGGGUAACUUCACGUGGUACGACCCCAUCCGGAAAGCGACGAGCCUGGUUCUUGAUGGCCAGACCUUGAUCAACCUGGAGGUCUUUGCCAACUCUUUCGACGGUGGAAGUGAAGGCACGCUCUUCCAGCUCCUCAACCGCUGUAUCACGCCGUUCGGCAAACGCUUGUUCAAACAAUGGGUGUGCCAUCCUCUCAUGGACACGAAAAAGAUCAAUGCACGGCUGGACGCUGUCGACUCGCUCAACGCCGAUGCCAAAGUCCGGGACCGAUUCACUUCUCAGAUGACAAAGAUGCCGGAUCUGGAGAGAUUGAUAUCUCGCGUCCAUGCCGGGACCUGCAAAGUUCAAGACUUUGUCAGAGUUCUCGAAGGAUUCGAGCAGAUUGACCAUACGAUGUCCCUAUUGCGAGAUGGUACAGGUCGAGCAACGGACAGCGAAGGUGUCAUCGGCCAACUCAUCGCUCAAAUGCCGGAUCUCGAGCCCAAUCUCAAGUAUUGGGACAAUGCCUUUGACCGCACAAAGGCCAAAGAAUCAGGCAUCUUGGUGCCCGAGCGCGGAAUCGAAGAAGAAUUCGACAACUCACAAGACACCAUCGAUGCCAUCAACAAGAAAUUUGAUGACCUUCUCCGCAAAUGGCGCAAAGAGCUCAACUCCAAUGCCAUCUGCUACCGCGACAACGGCAAGGAAAUAAUGCAAAUGGAAGUACCCACUCGCAUCAAGGUGCCCGCCGCUUGGGACCAAAUGUCCGCCACGGCGAGCGUGAAACGAUACUACUUUCCCGAACUGCGGACCCUUGUGCGGAAAUUACAAGAAGCGCAAGAGACACACUCCCAGAUCGUCAAGGAUGUAGCCCGCAAACUCUACGCCAAGUUCGAUGAAGAUUACGUUAUAUGGCGCACGGCGAUCACGAUUAUCGCCCAACUAGACUGCUUGAUUUCCCUUGCGAAAGCGAGCACGUCUUUGGGACACCCGAGCUGCCGCCCUGAGUUCGUCGACCCGUCUGACAGCGAUGCCGGUGGUCGGUCGACCUUGGAACUCGUCGAUCUACGCCAUCCCUGCCUUUUGACCAAAGUCGACGACUUCAUUCCCAACGACGUCGUUUUGGGCGGGGACUCGCCAAACCUCACUCUGCUGACAGGUGCGAAUGCAGCAGGAAAAUCCACCGUCCUCCGAAUGACCUGUAUCGCAGUCAUCAUGGCUCAAAUCGGCUGCUACCUCCCCUGUGCGUCGGCUCGCCUCACCCCUUUUGACCGAAUCAUGUCACGCCUGGGAGCUCAAGAUCACAUUUUUGCCGCACAGUCGACCUUUUUCGUCGAAUUGGCAGAAACGAAGAAAAUUCUCAGCGAGGCUACACCGCGCAGCCUUGUCAUCCUGGAUGAGUUGGGCAGAGGGACGUCGUCACACGACGGCGUGGCAGUCGCACAAGCCGUGCUGCAUCACCUGGCUACACACGUGGGCUGCUUGGGUUUCUUUGCAACACACUAUCACUCGCUCUCUUCGGAAUUUGCACACCAUCCAGAAAUAGCGCCAAAGAGGAUGAAGAUUCUUGUGGACGACGCCGAUCGACGGGUAACUUUCCUGUACAAGUUGGAGGAGGGCACCGCCGAGGGGUCCUUCGGUAUGCAUUGCGCCAGCAUGUGCGGCAUCUCGAAUUCAGUGAUUGAACGGGCCGAGGAGGCGGCCAAGGAGUGGGAGAUCUCAAACCUCAUGGCGCGAAAGCAGCGGGUUAGGAGUGGCGAGACACGGGAGGCAAAGGACCUCGACCUCGAGGUGCACGAUGAGAAGGACGACGAGAAGGAAGUCGAAGUGCCGCUAGGGAUCUUGAGUGAUCUUGCGUGGAUUCUGAAGGGGCGAGAGGUGGAUGAUCGCGGCCUCGACGUGCUGGUCAAGUGCAUUGAGGCUUUGUGA